CAAGAGCCGUCUCCGCCUUCCAGCUGUGCUUAUUGGUUCACUGCAAGGCUGCUCCCACCUUUCCCUGGAAAUAGCCAGUCUGCGGGCUGGGGAUUGUGACGUUCUGAGCAAAGAUUGGUCAUUUCAAGUGUCUGAAAGAGAACCUUCCAAGUCCCGGUCAAAACUCCUCCCACGACGUUACUACUGACUAACAACUGUUCAUGUGAACACUGGCUGGUGCAAAAGGUUCCAUCUUGGCUUUCUUCUUGUACCUUUCAGGUCUAUGCAACAUCUGUCUUAUUUUGCUCCAGGUGUGGCUGCUAGCUCUUUGGGGGAAAGUUUUGCACUUGUUAGGCAUCUGGAGCACUUUGGAGUUUACUGUUUUUCUGUGUUGAUCAGGGCAAAGCAGAGAUGCCACAUACCCCUCGCCAACGCUUGCAGCCUCGAGCCCCGGUGUGGUCAGAGAAAGAAACCCGGGAUUUCCUUGCCCUCUGGGGUGAAUUGCUGAUUCUAAGGUGGAUUGAGAACCGACCACCCAACAGUGACAUCUAUGAGGACCUUUCGGCCCAAAUGGUCGCCAGGGGUCAUGAGCGCAAUGCGUCACAAUGUAGGAACAGGGCGCGGGAUCUGAAGCGAAGUUACCGUAGAGCCAAGGAUGCGCAGGUAUGCGCUGGAGCUGAACCAGUGUCUUGCCGCUACUUUCGAGAGUUGGAUCAAAUGUUUGGCGGCGAAAUGGAUGGUGUUGCUAAUCGAGGUCUGGCCAGCAUGGACGGGUCCAUCCGGGUUGUUGUGAAAACCGAGGACGCGGAAGACAUGGAGAACCAGGUCUCAGAGGAAGAAGGCAACCAAAUGACCCCACCCAACACCCUCUCCAGCAUGGAUGCUGACACGGAUACCGAAACCGAACCGAAUUUGGGGAUCUCGCGAGAGUUGGUGACCGCUGACCCAGAAGUGAUCGAAACUACAAUAGGGGAGGAAUGUUCAGAAGACAAAACUGUGCCUUUAUGUGGACAAGGAAUUGCUGGCACCAGUGAAGAUGGGCACCAUCCUAUUACUGGUAGAGGCAGGCGAGAGAACCCCUUGGGACGUCCUUUGACGACAGCCGAGAGAAUGGCAUCCAUGCGGGAGAGGAAGAGGCGUUCCCAUGAAGAAAUGAUGCACGAGAUAAUGACAGACUACCGGAGGACCUGGGAGACCAUGGAGGCCCUUCAUGAGAGGGGCGAGAUCAGUGCGGGAGAGUUUCGAGAGGCCAUGCUGAGGGAGAUGCUGUUUGACAGGGAGGCUCGGACACGAGAGGCACAGCUCAAUCGAGAAUCCCGGGCUAGGGAGGCCCAGCUGGAUAGAGAGGCAAGGGCCAGGGACAACCAGUUGGAGAGAGAGAUAAGGAUUAAGGAGCUCAACAUGAUUGAGGCGGAGCUCCAGCGCACCAGGGAUAUCCUUCGUCCCAUGGUCGACGCUGUAGUAUCUGUGGCUGAGGUCUUGCAUACAACGGGCAGAAUUCCAGAGCAGCCUCGCCAGCAGCAGCAGCAAGGUAGAGGGGACACCUUUUUGAAAUUGGAGGAUAGCAAAUAAUUUUCUGCCUUUUCAGGGGGACAAUAGCAUAUAGUUAAUUGUUACACAGAAGUAAGUGGUAUUGCGGAAGGCAGUGGGGAAACAAAACGUGUCCUUCAGUAGUUCAAAACACUACAUUAAGUUGGCCCUUUCUGGAGAACGUUUUUCUCUCACCAGAUAAAGAGCUCAGAUGAAUUCGUCAGUCUUCCACUGCCUCGCAUUAUCCAGCUCUAUGAGUUAGAGAAAUAAAUUUGUUCCAUGUGCAGAAGAAGGCUAGAAAGAAUAUUCAGAGUUUCACUUCUGCUACGCUCAAGCCAAGUGUCUGGCGUCAGCCUAGAGACUGUUUCUUAUGUGAUUUUGUACCAAGUACAUUUGCUGGAGUACAAAUUACAAUAAGUGUUUUGUAUGCGUGUAUUUCCCAAUGCUUAGCAGCAGGGACUCGGUCGUGUACAGGAUACUGGGUGUUAAACAACAGGGGGAGCUGGUGCCUCCAUACACAACUUAUGGGCUUUCCCAAAGUGUCAGGUUGGAAUUGGGCUAAAUUGGAUCCUGGGUCUGAUUCGGCAAGUGUGGCAAACAAGGCAUGAAUGCUGGUUGCUUGUAAUCCCAAAUUUGAUUGCGGAAACAGGACAGGCACUUGAAUCGAUUUCUUAUAAUAUAAUUAAGUGCAAUUGAGUUGCAAGCAACUCAGGGCAACCUUUGUGGGGUUUUCAAGGCAAGAGAUGAACAGAGGUGGUUUGCCAUUGCCUACCUCUGCAUAGCAACCCCAGACUUCCCAUCUCUCUCAUCCCAGUGUUAACCAGUGCCGACCCUUCUCAGCUUCCAAGUUGAGACAAGGUUGGGCCAGUCUGGGCUCAGAACAGCAGAAAUAACCAAAAUGGGGGUGUGAACAGAUGCAUAUAGUUGUGAGGAAAGGAGGUUGCUGUGGGUUGGAUAAAGGAAAAGGAAAGGAUUUUAAAUUGGGCUGCAGAGGGGAAGGAAACAGAAUCUGUGAGUGAGGAAACAAAUAGGUGAGAGACUGGGGUAUAGUCCUGUGGUAGUGCACAAAGAGAGAAAACUGAAUAGUUUAUGGGGGGCAGAGAGGAGAGGAUGCUAUGGAGUGGCAAGAGGAAAGGGAGGGAUAACAAAAAUGGGUUCAGAGACAUCUUAGUAGUGGGGAAGAAAGAUGAAUCCCAGGGAAUGUGUCUAAGGCAUACACUGUAUGAGACAUUUCUGGACAAGUCGGGUCAGAGUUCUGAUCCAACUUAUGUUCACCACAACCAUUUUGGGUCAGGAAAACAGUGUGUGGGCGAGAUAAAUUGCUUUUGCCCUCCCUCAUACACCAUGAUCCUGGUCUGAAUCAGGCCUUGCAGCUGCUGCUUCGCUAGAAGGAAUGUGAGUCCAGUUGAGCAAGAGGUCUACCCUGACACGUGAAGAGACGCCUGUAAUUUGUACCUAAAGGAAGCGUGGAGGAACCAUUGUUGUGUGAUGAUGAUUCUUUGUGGCAUUCUUGUUAGUAAAAAUGUAAAGAAUAACUUAAAACGGUGCACCUUCAUCCUCAUACACAGAUGUUGACAGAUGUGAUUGUCCAGAAGGGUUUGGGGGAAUACCCAGUGGACAACACUAGAACUUGACUCUCCUGUAUGUAUUUUUCAUAUCUGUGGAAUCAAGGGGUGCAUAUCCUUUUUGAUAAUGAAAAAAAAAUCAGCUUUAAAAGAAAAUUAAACCAAAAA